CCCAAAUUCCACGCUCUCUCCUCCUCGUCGCCGGCUAAUGCUAUCCGACCAAUCACAAUGUCGCCCACUCUCGUCUCGCUAUCCAUCGUAAACCCUACAGCCUUUGCCGCCCGCAAAUCCUCCCUCUUCCCCGGCGUCCGCCCUCUUCCCCCGCUCCUGCCCUCUCGCCUCCAAACCCCAGCGGCCUUGCGGGGGUUCAGGAGGCGGCGGCGCGGGUGGGGAGCGCUGGUUCCGCCCUCGGCGGCCGCGUCGGCGUUCUCGGCGGCGGCUGAGGAUGAGGAGUGGCUCAAGAAGCUCCCUGACAAGAAGAAGCCUCUCUACUCCCACAGCCUCCCGUGCAUCGAGGCGUGGUUCAGAAAGCUUGGGUUCCGACAGAGCCGGGAUGAUCGAGCGGUGUGGGUCGUCGAGAAACCCAACUGGCACGCCCAGCUCUCCCUCGAUGUCACCGACCUUUACAUAAGGUACCUGAAGAGUGGGCCAGGAAACCUUGAGAAGGACAUUGAGAGAAGAUUUAGUUAUGCGUUGAGCAGGGAGGAUAUUGAAAAUGCCAUACUUGGUGGACCUUGAAAAUGAUAAAGCUUGACAGGAUUGUGGAUAUCUGAGAAGCUUCUUUAUGAAGAAUGCUCUGUUUUGGAUUAAGCAAGUUAGCUAUAGUUCUUCCAGAUUUUUUUUUAAUGCUUUCUAUAUUUCGCAGAAUCAACAGUAUGCACUUUAUGUUUGUAAAUAUUGAUUUGUCAUAAUUUACUUUCAUAAACUACAAAGUGCAUUUUCAGGUGGUCAUUAUCAAAUCAAUAGUCGAUUUGAUUA